CUCCUCUCUGCUGGCAUGUUACCAGGCAAGAUUCAGCGUAGAUGCCGUGCCCACCUUUUUGAUUGGCUGCUGAGGCAUGGGUGGGCGGGGCUUCUUCUCGUACUAUAUAAACAUUGUUGCGGGUCGCCAGACUGCGCCGCAGAGAGUGACAGCUGGGAAAAGGGCAGGAGGAGGAGUGGAAGAUUCCAGACGCAAAAAUCAGACAAUAACUAUCAAAAGACUUGUCUUCAGCAACCACAACAGGCGUGUUUUCUCACCAACUCUGAUUACAGCAGCAGCUGCAGGACAAACAUGCCUGAAGUCUUUGCCUCUAUGGACAAUGGCAGCACACCUCCGUCCCCUGUGGACAGCAGUCCAAGAAGGCUGUCCUGGGGCAAACUGGUCCAAAGACUAACAGAUUUCAGCACAAACAGCACCAGCAUGGAGUCGGGGUCCAGUCAUGGCAGCAGAAGUGAUCUGUCUGAAUCAGGGUCAGACAUCUCAAGUGACCAGUGUCCCUCUAAUGAUGACCUCUUCUACGACCCGAUGGAGGAGACCAUCCUGAAAGAAGUAGUGGACCUUAUCGCACUUAGCCUAAGAGAAGCCAAAGACUCGGACUGCGCCUUGAGGUGUGCCAAACUGCUCAUUCCAGAGAAGCUCCUGGAGCACAUCGGGCAGGAGCUCCUUCACCUGGCAGCUAGCGAGCCCUGCGGGCUGAGAGGGGCUCUCAUUGACCUCUGUGUGGAGCAAGGGUCAGCCUGUGAGAGCAUAGGACAGCUGUCUGUGGACCCCUACCUUGUCCCAACCUUUCAGCUCACUCUGGUGCUGAGGCUAGAGUCGGGCGGCCUGUGGCCAAAAAUUCAAGGACUGUUUACCUCCAAGUCUCCUUCCACCCCAGUAGUCAGACAAGCGAUCAAACUCGGUACCGGUUUCCGUGUGAUCAGGAAGAAACUGUAUUGUUCUGAAGAUUUGCUCAUUGAGGAAUGUUGAAGUGACGAUAACCUUGUAAUGUCUGAGCUGACCGUUAAAGCUCUCAGAAGGGCCUUGGAACUUAUGAUGCCUUAGAGUAAGGACCGACUUGAUCAUGAUGUAGCCUUUCAUUUGUACUGUGAAGGAGUCAAAGUGUGUGGUACUGAUGCAGGUGUUGAUCACAUUUAAACAUUUCACAGCAUAACCGUUCUGAUGCUGCAUCUCCUCAUCGGGCAUUUAGCAAGUAAAGUGCGUACCUCAGUUUCUGUUGAAACUACGUUAAAAGGGCAGCUAGCUGUAUUGAUCUAAUGUUUGAAGGUUGUUUUUUUUUUUACACAUUUAUUGAAUGUACACGGUUCCAUCACCCAGUCACUCCUGGAAAAGUCGAGUGGAGCUUGUUUAUGUUCCAGCUCUGGGUUUUAAAGGCCACUGGAUUUAUUUUACACUUGUUUGGACCCAUUUCUUUCAACUUUAUUUGAUAUUCUAUUUCUCAUCACAUUGCAGUUUUUUUGUACUUUUUUUGCUCACAAAUAAAUUAUUGCAUUUUUUAAACAAA